AUGGGUGCGUUGAAAUCUCCGGUUAUCAGUACCUCUUGGUUUUGUGACACCUCUUUAAUUAGCCCAAACAGCGCCUCGUCAACCUCAUCAGUUUGAUUGGGCGGCCUGUAUACGGUCAGGAAAUUCAACUUAGGUGCGCCACGCAUCCUCAGUUUUAACCACAUUGCUUCACAGUCGCCGGAGCAAUCGGUUUUGUGUUCCGACGCGAUGAUUCCUCUCUUGACGUAGACCACUAUUCCUCCUCCUUUUCUAUGCAGUCUGUCCCGGCGAAAAAGUUGGUAUCCCUCAAGUGUUAUUUCGGCAUCCAAGACUUCGGUCUGGAACCAAGUCUCUGUGAUAGAAAUGACAUCCGGCUGCGUAUCUGUUAUCCAUACUUUCAGCUCAUCUAGCUUAUGAAACAAACUCUGAGCAUUUCCACAAAGAAAGCGGAGCUUAGACCGGGCAGAUUCCCGAACGGUUCUUGGGCCGAAGUUGCUGGAUACUUCGCGCGAGUUUUCGGGUCUAUCGUCCUCUUCCGAGUCUACUGCUGUUUGAUUGGACUGGAUGUUAGUGUGUUGUCCGUCGUUUUCUCUGAUCGGUUCGUCAGAUAGGGGCGUUCUUUCCUUGUUAUCUGGUUGUUCAUUAUGUUCAGUGUUAUUGGUUGUUUCCACAGGAAUGAGCUCCGAACAUUUACGAUCUUGCCACUCAUUAUUCUUAGCUUUUUCUCGCCGGCAUUGUAUCUUCUGAGGAGUUCGGCCUUUAGUUCCCUCCAUUUCUCCCGUUCGGCCGGUGAGAAAUCCCGCUGAAAAAAAUUGUAGGGUGUGCAUUUCGCAGUGCUGGUUUCCUAUUCAACAGUAAUAGUGCUUGUUUCUCACUUUCGAGAAUAAUUUUUAAUGGUCUGUGAUGGCCCGACUCGCCCUCCAAAUCCUUAAUGGGUCCUAUCCUGAAAGCUUUCAAUACGGUGAUGUUCUCGUUCUCUUGUAAUAGGGAUUUAAGGUAUUGCUGAAAUAAUUCUAUAUCGUGGCUUAUUCUGUUCUUUGGGAUGUCUGAAGAAGGCUCAGGCAUACCCUUUACGUUGAUGCAUUUAUUGCGAUCAAUAGGGCGCUGUCGUUUAUUUUUAUACGCACAGUCGGCAUCCCGAAAGUUUUUGUUGUCAUCAAUGUCCCCUUCAGCGACAGUUGUCAUGGUAUAGCUAUCGUAGGGUUCCUCGUUUAUCGAGGCUUCCUGGUCAUGAGGUACCUCUUGCGUCAGUGAGGCAUCUUCUUGUCUUCUGUGUGGACUCUGCUCUCCCCUGCUGGCGCUCUGACAUACUUGGUCUUUUUGGGAUGCUUUGAGACGUCUCCUGGUUUUUUGAGAUGCCCUUCGGUUAUUUUGCGCUUGCACAUGAGAUAGGGUCUCGAUUGCAAUGGGGUCCGUAGACGGGCUGUCUUCUUUUUCAGGGGCUAAUACAGUUAUUGAAGUCGUAUUGGCCGUUUUUCCGGUCAUCUUCUGAACUUCCCACAUCGCCAUCUUUCUCCUUUCGGGUGAAUAGUGAGGCAGUUUCAUCAGCUUCUCCAUCUCAAAUCUUAAAUUCCUUAUAUCCUUCUCCAUCUCCAAGAUUUUCUGAAGAAGUCUAAACAUGACGUGCAGGUUUCGUCCUCGCAUUUAACAUCCAAUAAAGUUAUUAGACUCCUUGCGCGUUUGGCGGGAGGUGAUUUGACAGCCGAAGACUUAUCGCAAUAGUCAUUUGCACAGCGUCUUUCUGUUAUUUUAUUAUUUUUGUCAAGCCAUCUGCUGCGCGUCAAUGGCAUAGUGGCAGCGACAAUGUCAGCAUCACUACUACUAUCAGAUCGGAUCAGAUCAGAUUUAUUAAGGGAAAAGUAGGCGAGCGCCUUUGAACUCCCUUUUGGUUACAAUAACGUCAUAAAAAAAACAAUGUGUAAGGCAAGUGUGAAAAAAAUUCGGCAAGUAAUUACAUACAACAAGCAUUGGUCACUGGUAUGAAUUUGUCUGUGAAUGCCUUCUAUGUCAAAAUUGUACAAUAUCCAGUACGGUACUGAAUGGACCAAGAAAUAUUAAAGCAAGCGCAUAUGUGGCGGGCAGGAGAUAGCAAAAAUUGUAAAACGUAAUGUUACUAAAAUAUAGGGAGUAGCGUGCUUUGUAACAUAAAACGUUGGAUGGGGCGGGUGGCACAGGGGGGGAAUUCGUUAGUUUCUGAUGCUGUGGAGGUACAUAUCCCUGUACUGGUCAAGCUUUCUCUUAAAUGAGUCCACGGAUGAGGACAUGACGACGUCCACAGACAGGGCGUUCCAUGCCUUUACCACUCUGUGGCUGAAGAAGGAUCUCCUUGCGUCCAGUCUCGCUCCUGUCACGCGUACUACUACUACUACUACUACUACUACUACUACUACUACUACUACUACUACUACUACUACUACUACUACUACUACUACUACUACUACUACUACUACUACUACUACUACUACUACUACUACUACUACUACUACUACUACUACUACUACUACUACUGCUACUACUACUACUGA